AUUACUGCAGGGAAAACUACCUUGAUCUAUAUACAAUUACAAAUGAAACUGAUCAACAGAUGCUGCUUAAAGAAAUGACAGACAAAAAUGUGAUGGGACCUGUCUGGAUAGGUCUGUACAAUGAUCUGGACACCUGGUACUGGUCCUACAAUCACCUACCACUUAAAAACAUGAGUCUAAUAAAGUGGGCCCCAGGAAAUCCUGAUAAUACAUCUGGAGCAGAUAUGUGUGGGGUAGUACAAGAUGUUGGAAAAUGGGAAAGUUAUCCCUGUUUUUACACAGGACCUUUUAUAUGUUAUGAUGCUAACAACAGUGCUGCUAACAGGUUUAUUAUCUACUAUAAACCCCCCACUGACUGGCACACUGGUCAAAAAUACUGCCGAAAAUAUCACACAGAUAUGGCCAGCUCUCUUACUGAAACAGAUAACAGCCUCAUGCAGCAGCUCGUUAAAAGUAUUCAUUACAACGGUGCUUGGUUUGGUCUAACCAAGGAAACCUGGAAGUGGUCGGAUGGCUAUGAGCCUUCAUACCUUCCAUGGGGCCCUAACCAACCAGAUAAUUAUUAUUCUUCAGAAAACUGUGGAGGAGCUCAAAAUGGACUGCUCACCGAUGAACAAUGCAACAAACAAAACUUUUUUGUAUGUUCUGCUUAUCUUGUGAAAACACAAAUGGUGAAACUGCAAGUAAAGUUUGAUUCAAAUGUACUUGACCCCACUGUUCAGUCAUCCAUUCUAGAGUUGAUCAACCUGAAACUACAGGAACAUGGCCUGACGAUGAAAACCACAGCAACAUGGAAAGUGCAGCCAAAUGGACGCAUCUUUUAUAAGAAAAUAAAGGGCAACUAAUAUGGUCAUGGUAUAAAAGAUUAUCCAAUGCAUAAUGCAAAAUGACUUGAAUAUAACAGUGGUACAAUUCUAUUAAGAUUAGUGCAAGAUAAUUAUGUAGAUUCAGUACAAUGAUUUAAUGGCAGUUAAUUCUUUAUAUUAACACUAACAGUAAUAUAUAAUAUGUUAUAAUUUAAUAAAUAAUGUAACUCUAAUAUUUAUUUAUUUCUAAACUAUAGAAUUUCAGUAGUCGAUGUAUAUAUUGCUCAUUUAAAAGAUAAAAAAAAAGAAUAACCAGAAUUAAGUUGUGGUGGGAAUAAUUAUCUUAUAGUCUGUGGUUAUUGCAUAUGGUCAUGAACUGUAUUUUAAUGAUGUACACAUAUAAACAUGUUUGUUACCUACCUGAGAAAAAGAAAUAAUAAAGAUAAUAAUAAAGAUAAAUACUUUUGCUUGAUAGAUAGCAAGAUAGCAAGAUAGCAAGAUAGAUAGAUAGAUAGAUAGAUAGAUAGAUGAUUCUAUCCUUUCAACCAGACAGCAACAUAAAUAAAAUAAAUGAAUUAAAUCAGUAUGACUCUUCUCUAAAUCUUUUUUCAACAAAAGCAGUUUUCUUUUGUGUUUUCUUUUGGGUAUGUCCAUCUACAUACAGGCAUACAAGAAAAAAAAAAGAGCAACGAGAAAAACAAAAGAGUAUGUUAUGAUGUUUAUCUAUAGCAUAUCAUUGUUGUGAACAUUAAAAUAAUUCCAUACAAAUGUUGUACAUUAUGGACGUAUGUUUUACUUAGGAUACCUUUCACACCAAAUGAAAAUCUGUUCCACAUCAUUUGCAUUUAUUUUAAAUAAGGCAGUUUGGUUGUUAAUUAAUUCAAAUACAU